ACAGUGUUAUUAUUAUGCCAAUAGCCAUCAUUUGUUACAUCCUUUUUGAGUGAAAUGAUCAAUAAAUGUCAUAUGUUACACUUUUGGUGAAGUUUUUUGUGUUUCCUGCAAAACUUGAAAAAAUGAGUUCGGCGAUUAUUUUAACAGGGUGACGAUAUCGAACACACACGUGUCUCAAAACUGGGGGUUGUAGUUUUUAGCAGUUUUUUCUCUCUCUGUAUUGUGAGAACAGCCCAGUAGGAUUAGUUCGUACACCUUACCAUGGAUAUUUUUCUUCUCAACCAGCCAAUCGUGUGCCGCUAAGGCGUUUCCCUUCACGGUGCCAUCCAAUGGGCGAGCGUAUCUUGAGGAGAGGCGGGGCUAAUGUGCACGUCAAUCAUUCUCAGGAGGCGGGGGGGAGGAUCACAGAAAGAGCUAGGCUAAAGGAGCUACUCAACAAGGCAAACAGCAGCGCUCUGCGAAAACCACUUUUACCCAUCCGCAUCCAACAUCAACCAGGGGCCAACGGACGACGUUAAAACCUGUCAGAUUGCUCACAUAAAUGUUCCUAUGGAUUACUAAUACACUUUCGUCGAAAAACAGAGGUGUUUCUCAACUUGACAGCAUAGCCUCCGAUUCGUCACACUGGUUACCUAGAGGACUCAUAGAGAGAUGAAGACUCUGGAGGAGCCCCCCUACUUGACAGUAGGGACAGAUGUGAGUGCCAAGUACCGAGGGGCUUUCUGUGAGGCCAAGAUUAAGACUGCCAAGAGGCUAGUGAAGGCAAAGGUGACCUUUAAACCAGAUCUGUCCACAGCUGAGGUUCAUGAUGAAAACAUCAAAGGACCUCUAAAGGUGGGUGCUGUUGUAGAGGUGAAGAAUCAGGAUGGAGUUUACCAGGAGGCCACAAUCAAUAAGCUGACCGAUGCCAGUAUAUAUACUGUUGUGUUUGACGAUGGCGAUGAGAAGACCCUGAGGCGUUCCUCUCUCUGCCUGAAAGGAGCGCGUCACUUUGCAGAAAGCGAGACACUCGACAGACUCCCUCUCACCAACCCCGAACACUUUGGCACACCAGUCAUCGGCAAGAAGGGCAACCGCGGCAGACGAUCGAACCCAAUCCAAGAAGAAGAGUUGUCUUCGUCCUCCAGCGAAGAAGAGGAGAGUGACCAGCGGCAAAAUGAGGAUCUGUUCGGCAAAGUGGUCUGUGUGGAGGGCGUCACCACCGGGGACAAAAAGAAGACCGCGUGGUACCCUGCCCUGGUCAUCUCCCCAGACUGCCACGACGACGUGACUAUGAAGAAGGACAACAUCUUCGUCCGCUCUUUCAAGGAUGGAAAAUUUUACACGGUGCUGCGGAAGGACGUCCGCGAGAUGAACGGGGACUGUCCUCCUAAAGCCGACACGGGACUCAAACCAGCACUGGAUGCAGCGUUGGAGUUCCUGCAGCAGUUUGUCGUGCCCGGCACCUGGAAGACAGAAGUGAAAGAAGAAAGUUCCAGCAGCGAGGACGAGGAUGAAGAGGAGGAGGAAGGGCAGGAGGACGACACCAGCGGUGAAGAGGAGGAGGAGGAAGUGGAGCCGUUCCCAGAGGAGAGGGAGAACUUUCUGCAGCAGCUCUACAAGUUCAUGGAAGACAGAGGAACUCCCAUCAACAAACGGCCCGUUCUGGGCUACAGGAACCUGAACCUGUUCAAGCUCUACAGGCUGGUGCACAAACUGGGCGGCUUUGACAACAUUGAAAGCGGCUCGGUGUGGAAGUCAGUCUAUCAGGAUCUGGGAAUCCCUGUGCUCAACUCAGCCGCCGGCUACAAUGUCAAAUGUGCUUACCGCAAGUACUUGUAUGGGUUCGAGGAAUACUGCACCUCCACAGCCAUCACCUUCAGGAUGGACCUCCCUUUGAAGCAGCCGCCCAAAGGGGAGGUGAAGUCUGAGGGGGAGACGGGACUAACUCCUGCCCCCUCCUCCAGCUCGGAAGAGCAGAAAGCCAAAGUGGACGUAGAACCUUGUAGCACACAGUCUGCAGUCUGCAAGGACGAGAAGCCGGAUUUGACCCGAAACAAAACGGAGCCGGAGCCCUCAAAACCGGAGGGAAUGGACAACGAGAACGACGAGGACGACGACGAGGAAGAAGGCCCGCUCAAGGGAGACGCGGACGAGGGCUCGUCGACGGCUCGCCUCGGAGCGGACGGCGUGAAAGAGGAGCGCGACGAGGAGCAGGAGAGCAAAGACAACUCUGGGGAUGACAGCAGUCAGGAGGGGGAGGAAGGGGAGGAGUUUGAGUGUUACCCCCCGGGGAUGAAGGUGCAGGUGAGGUAUGGGCGAGCCCGCAAUCUGAAGACGUACGAGGCCACUGUGAAAGAGGCAGACGUGGAGGGGGGAGAGGUGCUCUACCUGGUGCACUACUGUGGCUGGAACGUCAGAUAUGAUGAAUGGAUCAAAGCAGACAAGAUUGUGCGGCCCGCCAAUAAGAAUGUACCAAAAAUAAAGCAUCGCAAAAAGAUAAAGAACAAAGCGGAGAGGGAGCGAGACAGGCUGGAGAGGCUCAAUGACAGAGAAGUCCUCGGCCCCAACGCUAACCGCCUCCCGCGCUCCAAGUGCGGCCUGAGUCAGGAUGUCUUUUCCAAGAUGGACGAGGGUGAGGACAAAGGGACUCAGCAGUCUCCAGUCAAGUCUAUAGAAAUUACAUCUAUCCUCAAUGGCCUGCAAGCCUCAGAGAUGUCCACGGACGAAAGCGAGCACGAGGACGAGGAGGGAGAGCACAACGAGGAGGAUCGCCCCGGGUGCAGAGGCAGCCCCAGGAAGGCCGCACCAGAGCCUCCGCAAGCAUCAGAGGGCUGGGAGAGCGCCCCCCCUCCCGAAGCAUCUAAACCUUCUCCGGUCUCAGGGAAGAGCCAGGAUGUAGUCAGCGCAGAGGGCGCCGCAGACGUCGGGAAGCGCAGAAGCCAACCGGAGGUAGAGGGCGAGGCGAGCAGCAGGAAGAGGAAGUCCGACGGUGCAGCGGAGAGGACCCCGAAAGGCCAAUCCAAAGCUAAGACCCGGAGCACCAGGAGUGCCGAUUGGCUGCCUGUCGGCUCGCCCAGGAAGCUGGAGGAGAGAGCGGCGGGUCCAGGAGAGGAGAGGGGAGCCUCCUCCAGCAGCAGCUCAGAUGACGAGGGUGCAGCGCUGGCAGAGACCCAGGUGGGGGAAAGCGAGCGAAGCCGGCCAAAAACCAAAGGUUCCCCUUCCAAGAAGUAUAAUGGAAUGAAGGAGAAGACCAAAGGUGGCAGGCAAGCUGGUUUCUGGGAGAUUCCUGAAAAGAGGGCCAAAAUGUCUGGGAAUGCAGAAGAGAGACCAGCUGUCCGCUCUAAAGGCCAAAAGGACGUUUGGUCCAGCAUCCAGGCCCAGUGGCCGAAGAAGACCCUCAAAGAGUUGUUCUCCGACUCGGACACGGAGGCCGCCAAUUCUCCCCCGCCGCCCGUGCCGCCGUGUCUGGAGGAGCCGAGCGUGGAGCAGGAUGCUGGCCCCGAGGACGAGGCCUCGGAGGAGCAGAUGGAGAACGACAAACUGCAGGAGUUCCCAAGCAGCGGCAGCAACUCUGUGCUCAACACGCCGCCAACGACGCCCGAGUCGCCCUCAGGCGGAGGAGGCAGCGCCGUGGAGGACUCCGGGCCGGCGCAGCCUUCCUCCCCGCCACCGUCCAUACCCGCCGCCUUGCCUUCAGAGCCGGUUUCUGACGCUCUUCCCCCAGGACCCAUACCCGAGGAAGUGGCAGGGGGGCGCAGCGAGACAGACAGCAGCACGGUGGAAGUGGAGAGUCUGGGCGGGGAGCUGCAAGAACUCCCUCAGGACGAGGGGGCAGGUUCCCCCUCAAAGGUGUUUGACGUCAGCCUCUCCUGCAACAGCAGCAGCAGCUGCAGCCUCGAGCUGAGCAGCAGCAGCCAACAGGAGAGUGAGCAGAAGUCCAAAGCGUCUGUGAGUCAAAAGCGGCAGAAAGAAUCACAGACAGGUGGAGCCUCAAAGAAACACAAGCCAAACCGCAAGAGCCUAGGUGUGCCUCCCAAAAAGAAUAGGAAAACAGCCAACAGCAGUGACAGUGAAGAUCAGUCCGUUGUUGAGGGCACUGCCAAAUCAACUGCCUCUAAGAACAACACAGCAGACGUGAAGGCUGCCACUUCGCCCAAGUGUCACGGACGAUCUCCCCCUUCGAGCCAUAAGUACCACAAGCAGGGUGACUCCGACCACACCCAGCACCGAGACAACCACGGAAGAUCCCCACGUGUGUACAAGUGGAGCUUCCAGAUGUCUGACCUGGAAAAGAUGAGCAGUCUGGAGAGGAUUUCGUUUCUUCAGGAGAAGCUGCAGGACAUCAGGAACCACUACCUCUCCCUCAAGUCUGAGGUGGCGUCUAUCGACAGACGACGAAAACGCAUGAAGAAGAAGGAACGGGAAAGCACAGUGGCUGCUUCCUCUUCAUCCUCCUCCUCCUCCUCGCCGUCCUCCAGCUCACUGACUGCGGCAGUCAUGCUGACACUGGCCGACCCCCCGGUGUCAUCCUCGUCCUCCUCUUCUCAGAACUCUGGGGUAUCUGUGGAGUGCAGGUGACAGGACGAACCAGCGAUAAAGCCGCCGCACUAAGCACUUAACCAGCACCCCGGGGUCGCCGCCCCCCAUUCCCUUCCAACAGGACGGACAAGUCAACCUACAUACUGUAACUACUGGGGCACAAAAACCAGACCAGAGACAAACUAAAAAAAACAAACAAGAAACAAGCACUAUUUUCUAUUGACAACUGUUUCCUUGGCAAGCUAACGGCACUUAAGUGCACUUUUAUGAAGAUUGUGUAGGGGGAUAAAAAUUGUCCAAACAAAUAUAUACAAAAUUGUCUUUUGCGCUCUCCUCAAAUUGAACAUUUAUAAGAAUUGUUUUUGAUAGCAAUAAUUGUUUCCAUUUGAUAGAGUUGUAUUGGUAAGGGAUGAUUUCCAGUGAAGACCCCUCUGUGCUCUGUCCUCACAGCUCAACGCGGUACAGCCUGAGCUCGCCGCGUUAUCGUGGGGAAUUCAGAGGAACACUGCCACAUUGGCAUUAGGAGCGUACGAAAUGUAACUUUGCCACGUUUCUCUGUCCACCCUCGUUAAAAAAAAAAGGCCUUCAUGUGGUUAAACCUCAAGUGGUUGACGAUGCUUUUCUCACGUACAGGCGUGUGGUCCUGUACGUGUUGGCAUGUAGGUGUUGAUGGAUCAGACCAUCACAGGUCCACUGACGGCCUCAGUGGAUGAAUAUGGAAUGAUACUGUAGUGCCUUUUUUUUCUUUUCCAUGGGGCACUUUGAGAAAAGGACAGCACUUUUUUCCCCCCCUGAUCCUCUUCUCAAAAUCAGAGGGUCAAGCUGGAAUAAUGUGUCCCUUACAAAAAGACUGAAGAAUGCUGUAUGAGUGAGCAGGCAGUGACAGAUUAUGAUGGUUUUUAUCAGCGUGUGGUAAUAUUUUAAAAAGUGCAAAAAAAAAAAAAAAGGCAGAACUCCUAUACUGGAUCACCUGUAAUCUACUACUGAAUACUCAUCCAGCUCGGGUGUGACUGUUAAGUUUGGCAGUAUAAAAUGUGCAAUGAUGGAGGUGCUGAAUCCAGUGGUCACAUUACUCCAGUUCAUCAGUCUUUUUAAAAAACAAAACAAAAAAAACAACCCAUCUGCUUUAUUUCUUUAUAUUUUCAUCACCUGUUUUUCGCUGCAACAGCUGUAUCAACUACGUGAAUGCAGCCAUAGGAGAUAUUUACAGCAGCACAUGAAUUAAGCCCUCAUUUUGCAGUGUUUCAGACAAACAUGAAGUUAUUUAAUUACAUUUCUGCUUCAUUAAAUACACACUCUUUCGCAUCUUUCUCAUUUUACUCAUGAUCAAAAAUGACACGCCAGAUUCCUCUCAUACUCAUCCCUACCAAAAAUGUUCUGUUUCCUGUACUACGACCAGAUUAAAGGUAAAGAUAUUGUAAAUGUGCAUUUAUAUCAUAAAGUGACGUAUGUGUAUACAUUUCUGAAGACAUCUCCAGUGUUUCCUUUGUAUAGAGCCCCUACUGUAUGAUAACCUGAAGUUACAUUUUGUUUGGCACUUGUAUGUAAUUGUAUGCUUUUGUUAUACAUUUGUAUAUUGAGAAGUGUUUUGAGUCAAGCUAUUUAAUAUCUUGCACUGUUAAUAACAUGUACCUUUCUGUACAGACAGUUUUACGGUUUUAACUGUAGUUUGAGUGUAAAUACUGAAGGUUACAGCAUGUUUGUUCUCCCCUUUGUCCUCAUUCUUGUUCUCUUGUAGGAACAGAUUUAUUUCAGUUGAAUUAUGUUGUUUUGUUUCGCCUCUUUUCAUCAGUUUCAAUACUUAUUUUUUCCCUUCUUGCUUCUUUUUUUAAUUUUAUUUCAUGUUUUGCUUUAGUUUGUAUUGUUUUGUUUUUCUAUAGCUUGUGCUUGUAAGAGAAGAAUGGUGGUUUUGGAUGCGGCUGAACUAUUUUCCAACCUGUACAUGGCCUGAAGCUACAGCUGUAUGAACCUGUAUAUGGAAAAUAGUCUGGAUCAUAGAUUAAGAGAAAGUAAUGGAGCUUAUUGAAAAAUGCUCGAUAGUAUUUAUUAGGCUCAUCUGACGAUGGUCAUUGUGUAAUUUAUUGUAAAAAUGUAAGCAAAGCAGAAGCCUCUGUUUGAAAUAAAUGCCAUAGUUUGUGAAGUA